AUGCCGGAGAAUCCGCGACUAGAGGCUGAUGGGCUUCCCUCAGUUGACUUUGCCAUCAGGUCGCCCAAUGUUGAGGAGACAUCGUCCGACGAUGAGGGGCCCUCUCAUGUAGAAGGUAGACCUGAUAGGGCUUUGAGGGAGGCUGGUGAGGAUGGUGAGGCUGGUGAUGGAGGUUUGGGUCGCUACAUUGAUGACAUUCAACUCACUGAGAUGGAUGGUCCGACUCCCAGUUCACCACCUGAGAAGUCCAGGGGCGUGCCUGGAUCACCUUCUCCAUUGCAACUUGAAGGCACUGAAGGUCCUCUGGCUCCUGAAGCUGGACCCAGAGCACCGCUCCAUACCAUGCCAUCACCAGUUCGAGGACGCCGAUCCCUUUCGCCACAGCGUGUUAAGGGGCCUGUUGACAGACCAAACAGUUAUGGACAAGGAAGUAAUGACCUGAUGGAUGACAGUAUCAUGGGAUUGUCUCCUCGCACCGAGGAAUCCAUGGACUACCUAGCUUCGUUUUUCCAGGAUGGCCACUGUCAUGUCCCCAUGCGAGUCCCAGCAGAUGAUGAGCUACUUGAGGAGCCUUCUCGGCAGGAGAGGGACUGCCACUCCAGCCAAGAUGGAAUCAUGCGCUGCUGUCAGCAUGGUGUGCCAUGCACUGCCUCUUACCCAAGCCCAGAUGCACCAGCCGGGCCUGGCGGUGUAGGAGGACCACAUCCUUCUGGCAGGUAUGCACAUGACACAGCUGCAGGUUUGGAAAGCACUGCGCAUCCAAGUGCCACAGAGCCGCCUCCACCUGUGGCAGAUCCGCAUGAACUUCGAGCUGGAGUGCCUCGCAUUCCUGCUCCAACAGCUCACCAGCCUGCGGCCGAACUCCCAAGCACCAGUCUCAGCUCAGGUCGACUUAGCCCGGCAGGACAGGGGAUGGACCCGCACCAGAAGCACCGGCACAUGGGGCUGGAUACAUGGCAGAUGCUUCUUCUCAAGGAGCUGCACCUGGUGAGACAAGUGGAAGACCCAGGCCAUUUGCUCCAGAAGGGCUGGGACCUGACUCCACCCACAGCGGAGCAGGACUGCCAAGUGGAGUGCCAGGUGCAGGACCACAUGGAGGAGCCCCACCACAUGGAGGAGCCCCACCACAUAGAGGAGCCCCACCACAUGGAGGAGCCGCACCACAUGGAGGAGCCCCACCACAUGGAGGAGCCCCACCUGCAGGCGACUUUUGCAAAUCCAAUGGCGGCUGGCUUCCCUCCUCAAAGUUGGGGAUAUGCUGGUCCACCUGCAUCACAGGGCUCUAUCAAUCAGGGAGCAUACCCAUACAGUGCGAUGCAGCCUGGGUAUAGCACCGGUCAGAGGGUGCCACCCUUUCAGCAAGAUUUGUCUGGUGCCUUGCCAGCUGUGCAUCCCAGAACGCUUGGAUUCUCAGGAGCUGGACAGGCUUUGAGCCAGGGACCAAUGGCACCACCAAUGGCACCACCAAUGGCACCACCGAUGGCACCACCAAUGGCACCGCCAGUGCCUGCACCUGUGCAUGCACCAAGCAUGACCGUGCCAGCUGUCCCGCCAGCCGUGCCGCCAGCUGUGCUGCCUGCUGCUGUGCCACCAGCUACAGCAGCUGCCCAGAUUCCGUUGCCCACUCAUGGGUCUAUCGGAGUGCAUCCUCAACCAUCAUAUCCAGCGAGACCUGUGCAGAUGGGAGUGGCACCAGGGCAUGCCGCAGUUGCCAGUGAGCCAGCCGUGCCAGCCAUGGGAUUGCAAACAAUGGGGCGAAUGCCCGAGGAACUUGAAGCACCAGAAGGUCAAGGGCACCCGGCGAGAUCAGGAAGUGGUAUUCCUCCAGCCCUGGCUCCCAUGGCUGCCACCCCGGCUACUGGAGUUCCACCAGUUGAGGCUGCACCCAGAAGAACAGAAGCACCUGUCCCUGAGCAGGCUGCACCAGCCCAUUCCAGCCAACCGGCUUCAGCACAAGCGCCGCCAUUUGGUACGCAGUCCUCGUCGCAGCAGACACAAGGCCAAUUACCUCACGUUCCACGUGAUGAGGCAGAUCAAGACCAGCCUUCCACCCCGGAUCUCAGCCAGGGUCAGCUCUUCCUGGACCACGAAGAGGGUGGUGAUAUGAGGGAUGUGCGCAAUGACAUGGGAGGUGCUGACUCCCCAAGAUAUGAGGCAGAGUCACCCUUGGCGCCUUCAGGUGUGCCCGACGAACAGGCUUCUCAUCAACUUGAAACACCACCUCCAACAGUGCAAAGGAUGGACCAGGGACAGCAGACGACACCGGAGAAGACGCGAAUGCCAAGAAGGCAGCGAGCUCAAAUAGAUCCUGUUCGAUUGCCAAGGGAUGGCGAAGUCAAGCUUGUGCCGGUUGAUAUGGAUGAGGUUCGCAGCUGCAACCAAGCAGAAGGACGGCCGAAGCGAAAGCAGAUGAGGGUGUUGAGAGGCUGGCAGAAUGAACGAGUUGUGUAUGAGCGGGUCCCUGGAUCCGCUUGCCCAACGAUUUGCAAAGUCAUGGUAGCACAACCAGUGGUGAACGAUCAGUACCAGGAAGCAAUUCCAUUGGAACUCCACCUUGGAGAGGAUGCUUUGAGGUAUGAAGCCAGCCCCAUGAAAGACAAGGCCUUGAGCCCAUUGCCAAGCAACGGCUCUGACUACACCUACAUGUUUGGACAGAGUGAAGAGGAGAAGGUUUCUACCUUUGGGGAGGAUCCAACGGAUCCAACGGAUCCAAUGGAGCCAAUGGAGCCAGAGCUGCCAGAGCCAGAGGAGUUGCCAGAGCGAGGCUCAAAGAGGGCAAAGACGGCUCCAAAGACGGCCAAGUCUCGCCGUAGCUCUCGCCGCCAUGUUGAGAUGGCAGCGGAGGUGGGCACUGCUGCAGCUGCAGCCACAUUUGAGGCCACCCCGCCACGUCCGCGGCCAAGCCACACAGCAAAUGGCUUUGUGCGUGUUCCAAUUGCGGAUGGUUCCACCGAUGCUUGUGAACUCCGUGUUGGUUUGGACAAUGGGAAUUGGAUGAGCUGUGACAUCAACAUCCCUCCGCGCUCCUUCAACACGCCGGAGCAGCUGGCAGAGACUCGCUCUCUUCUGAUUUAUGUGAUGCAUUGCCAGGAUGGGACAUUUGAUGCCCAGGUCGACCAAGAUAUCGUGACCCUCGCAACAGGCAGCUCAAUGGUCAUUCGUCCUGGGCAAGAAUAUUGCCUCAGGAAUGGCUCUGACCACGUGGUCGCGGAGUUGAAGAUGACGAUGAUUAAUUUGUCAAGGCAGUAA